GUGACAUAUAUUACCGCUUUACGGCAGUGUGUCUUUGACAGUCGCAAAGCUAAACGCUACAUCGGGAGGAAGGUGAACUCGACACCUACAAAACACCCACAAUGCCGUUCGUGGAUUUGCAGUCACGCCUUGGCGUGGAUGUGGACCGCUGGCUGCUGCUGCAGAGUGGGCCGCAGCCCAACCGGCGGGCGGCACGCUGCCACGCCUUCGAGAAGGAGUGGGUCGAGUGUUCUCACGGCAUCGGACAGACCCGCGCCAAGCAAGAAUGCCGAGUGGAGUUUGAAGACUUCUAUGAGUGCAUGCACAGGCAGAAGAUGCACCAGCGUUUGUACGCCAUCCGCCAGCAGCGCGACAAGAUGGUGAAGGAGGGCACGUACACGCCACCCACUCACCACACGGGCCAGGCCGCCCAGUCUAAUCCUUGAACGCCGGGCCACUGCUUGCCCGCACCUCAAUUGUCAUUGUGUACAGUAAAAAUCUUCCCCUCUUAGUUAAUAAAAAAUAAUUCGUUGCUUUAUUUA